AUGGGACACUCGGAGCCGCAGUUCCUCCUAUUGGGGGGUGGGGAGGAGUGCUUCGAGGUGGAUCGUCGCUCUGGUGAGAUCAGGACCACGGGACGACCUCUGACCCCGAGUAAGGAGUACCUGCUGCGGGUGCAGGCGGUGGACGGGCGUGGUCGGAAAGGCCUGCCGGCUACGGUGGCCAUCCUGGCCGGCUACCGGCCGCCGCAGUUCACCAACUCCACCUACAGCCUGAGCGUACCUGAGAACACACCUGUCAGCCAACCAGUCUCAGUGGUUCAGGCCAUCUCCUUCCAGAAGAAGACACACGGAGAGCGGAGCGCUCAGUCCACCAGGACCGUCGACUACGAGAGUGGACACAAACCUCCACACACCCUGCAGGUCCGCGCCUCCGCAGCCCGACCACCGGCCUCAAGCGGCGUGGCAGAGAAAAAAGUUAAAAACAUGAACUUUCAGCACCAGACUACUGCUGAAUACUGUGAGAGGAAGAAGAAGCUGCUCGGGUUCGGGGCUCAGUCUCGUAACACUGCAUUAAAUCUUCUCUUCGUAGGAAUCAUCAAGCUGCGAAGGAGUCCGCCACCGAGGCUCAGAGGACCACAGUACGUUCUCAACAUCACCGCCACGGACGACAACGCGUCCGGUGGACCGUUCCCGCUUAGCAGCUCCGCCCAGGUCAUCGUAGGAAUCAACGACAUCAACAACAACAAGCCGGUGUUCGGGGAGUGUCAGAACUACAGUCUGAACGCCGGCGUCCUGGAGAACCAGCCGCCGGGGACGUUGGUGCUGCGCGUCCAGGCCCACGACGCCGACAUGGGCGUCAACGGAGAGGUCAAGUACGGCAUCAUGCACCGAGACGGUGUGUCGUCCGGGUUUCACAUCGACCCUGACACCGGUGUGAUCACCACGACGGCGAGUUUCGACCGGGAGCGGCAGAGGGAGUUCACGCUGUCGGUGACGGCCACGGAUCAGGCAGAGGAGCCGCUCAUCGGGAUCUGUCAGAUCACCGUCCUCAUCGCAGACCAGAACGACAACGACCCGAAGUUCGAGAACAGCCGCUACCAGUACUUCCUGCGGGAGGACACUCCGGUAGGAACUAGUUUCCUGCGAGCGGCGGCACACGAUGACGACCAGGGGAGCAACGCGGCCAUCACAUACUCCCUGUCCAAUCAGAAGCCAGCUUACUUGCACAUCAACCCCAGUACUGGCUGGAUUUACGUCAACCACCCCAUCUCACAGACGUCCAGGAUCAACCAGCAGAUCGUGGCGUCCGAUGGAGGGAACCGCAGCAGCUCCGUGGAGCUGACUGUCAUCAUAACCAACGUCCACAACCAGCCGCCGCACUGGGAGCAGCCCGAGUACUGGGUCACCGUGCCAGAAAACACCGUACGAGACGCCAAGAUAGUGACCAUCAAGGCGACGUCUCCGCUCGGUGACCCCCGGGUGACCUACAACCUGGAGGAGGGUCAGGUGCCGGAGACCAACAUGCCGGUGCGGUUCUACGUCAAGCCGAACCGGGCGGACAGCUCGGCGUCCAUCCUGGUGGCCGAGAACCUGGACUACGAGACGACGCGCUUCUUCGCGCUCAGAGUGCGAGUCCAGAACGUCGCCGCCGUGCCGCUCGCGUCGUUCACCACCGUCUACGUCAACGUCACAGACGUGAACGACAACGUUCCUUUCUUCCUGUCAUCCACCUACGAGGCCACAGUGCCCGAAGGAGCGGAGAUCGGCACGUCGGUGGCUCAGGUGUCGGCCACGGACCUGGACUCUGGUCUGCAUGGGAUGAUCCACUAUGUGAUCCUGAAGGACGAGAGCGGGGACUCGCAGUUCUUCAGCAUCGACUCGCGCAGCGGCGUCAUCGUCACUCGAGCCUCCUUCGACCGCGAGCAGAAAGCCUCCUACCUGAUCGAGGUCCAGUCGCAGGACAGCUCCGAGUCAGCCAGACCGGGUCAGCAGGGACAACCCAACACCGUGACAGAUGUGAGAGCUCGUGUCAUCGCCGCCGCCGCCGCUCGUGUCCCCUCGUUCAGAGAGAUAGCAGGAGGGCAGGUGUCAGCCACAGAUCCAGACCAGGAGGCCGAUCAGACCGCCCUCCGCUACUCCCUCCAUGGCCAGGGCGCUGGUGGCGAGUUCACCAUUGAAGAACGCACAGGAAGAAUCUACGCCCAACGGCGUUUGGACCGCGAGGAGCGCCCGGCCUGGAGGUUCCUCGUCCUCGCCACAGACGAAGGAGGGGCCGGACUCACAGGGUUUGCUGACGUUCUCUUAGAGGUCCGAGAUGUCAACGACAACGCGCCCUUCUUCCCGUGCCCGGCACUGGAAGUAGACGGAUGUUUUGUCGGCCAAGUGCCUGAAAAUUCACCUGCCGACACCUCCGUCAUGGAGAUGCGUGCCAUGGACCUGGACGACCCCAACGAGGGCAAGAACGCCAUGCUGACCUACAGCAUCAUCAAGAACGUCCGCAAUGAGAUUAACCUCAACCUGUUCUCCAUCAACGCCAGCACAGGCACCAUCUACACGGUUCUACGCUCCCUGGACCGGGAGGUGGAAGACCGGUAUCUGGUAGUGGUUGAGGCCAGGGAUGGCGGGGGUUUGGCGGGAACAGGGACAGCCACCAUUAUGAUUUCAGACGUCAAUGAUCACCCACCCGUCUUCUCUCAGAGGCUCUACACUACUCAGGUGACAGAAGACCUGGAGGUGAACAGCGAGGUUCUUGUAGUUUCUGCCACAGACGGCGACGAAGGCGAGAACGCUGUGGUAACCUUCAGCAUCGUCGGUGGUGACGAGGACAGGAAGUUUUUCGUGGAGACAGACAAAGUGAACCGACGCGGUGUGAUAAAACUUAAGAAGAAGGUUGACUUCGAGAAGCCCCACGAGAGGACUUUCAAUCUGACCCUGAAGGCCGAAGACGCUGAUUUCUUCAGCCUCGCCUACUGUCUCGUUCAGGUGGAAGACUCCAACGACCACGCACCAGUAUUCUUCCCGCAGUUCUACGAGUCACCGGCCAUGUCUGAGGACGUACCCGUGGGGACAAUUGUCGCUCAGGUUACAGCUUCUGAUCUCGACUCCAGCCAAAAUGGACGCUUUUCUUACAGUAUUUCAAAGGAGUCAGACCCCUACGGUCAGUUUCUGGUGGACCAGUCAGGUUGGGUGGUAGUGGCCGAUUCUCUGGACAGGGAGAAAAUCUCGCAGCACAGGAUCAUGGUCCUUGCCACCGACUCUGGGACUUCACCCCUGACUGGCACUGCCAUCGUCGUGGUAACCGUACUUGACAUCAACGACAAUGGGCCAGAGUUCGAGGUCCCUUAUAAGCCCGUGGUUUGGGAGAACAUGGCGGCGCCCCAGGCAGUUCGGAUGAACGAAACCUCCCUCCUCCUCCACGCCACCGACCGGGACACCUCCACCAACGGCGGACCGUUCUCUAUACGGCUUCUCAUGCUCACCUCAGACGCCACCAACUUCAAUUUGACUGACUUUCGUAAUGGCAGCGCAGCCAUCACCGCCCUCCGGACCUUCGACCGCGAGCGGCAAAAGGAGUACCACCUCCCGAUUCUUAUGAUCGACAGCGGCUCUCCUCCAAUGAGCUCCACCAGCACGCUGACGGUCGUCAUCGGGGACAGGAAUGACCACCCUCACUCACCAGGACACACCAAUUUCAUCGUCUACAGUUAUGAGGGUAUUCUCCCGACGACGGUGCUCGGACGAGUUCAAUCCCCCGACCUUGAUGACUGGAGUGAGAAGGUGUACCGGUUCGAAGGCAAACCAUCCAGGUACUUUGAUCUUAACAACCUCGGCGCCACACUCACCCACGGCGAUGAAGUCCUCCUGCUCGCCGGAGUGGGCGGGGCCGAGCGGCCCGUCGUAGAGGAGCAGCCCGUUUGCCGACUCAGCCAGGAACUCCAGGGAGAUGUGGCUCUGGAAGCAAGGCAUGAUGGGAGGGAACCAGGCGUAGCCCUGACCGCCGAAGCUGUGUUUGAGUUGAGGAACGGGGUUCCAGCUCUGAGUAUAAACCACGGAUCAGGAACUCUGACCCUGCAGCUCCCGCCGAAAUCCACCGUCACCGACCGCCGCUGGCAUCGCCUCGACAUCAUCAGUGACGGAAAGGCCGUGCAGCUGAUCCUGGACCAGUGUGGGGGGGUGGCGGUGAACGAACAGGAGGGAGUCGGGGGGGACGCUCAGGAGACGGACGAGUCCAGCUGCAGAGCUGCAGGAGAGACGCCGGGAAACCAGAGGUAUCUGAAUGUCUUCCAGCCUCUUCAGUUGGGAGGAGUGAAGGAAACGUCUCCUCAUCGUCGUUACCGCAGUUUCACCGGCUGCAUCCGCGACCUGGUGGUGGACAGCCAGGUGUACGACCUGGCGUCUCCGGGUGAGAGCGUGGACAGCAGCCCCGGGUGCAGGCUGACAGACGGGGUGUGUGUGACGGCGGCCGGCCCCUCCUGCGGCGUUCAGGCCUCGUGCCUCGCCGACUGGGGCUCCUUCAGCUGCGAGUGUCACCCGGGAUACACCGGACACAAGUGUGACAGGGCCGUCCCAGAGUUCUCCUUCAACUUGGGCAGCGUCGUCCGUUAUCAGCUCCGAGGAGGCGGCAGCUCUCGCCGCACAAACAUCCAGCUACUCCUCCGAACCAGAGCCACCUCAGGCACCUUGCUCUCUGUGACGUCCCGGGAAGCCACCGAGUACAUCGUCCUGGAGAUCAUGGAGGGUCACCUGUCUGUCCGCGCCAACCUCGGUGACGGCGCCCACACCCUGCGGCUCCCUGGCCAGCGGGUGGACAUCGGGCAGUGGGUCCUGGUCAGCCUCAGUCGCCAUGACAACCUGUUUACCCUGCGGCUGGAGCAGGGCGGUGGCUCGCGGGAGGUCCAGGCCCAGCUGGGGAGCCGCAGGGAGAUCGUGGUUCACCCGGCCAGCGUGAUGGUUGGCAACGGGCCGACCGCCGGAGACAAGGCCGACUUUCAGGGUUGUCUGCAGGACGUUCGUUUUAACGGUCAGGUCCUGCCUCUGGACGGGCAGAGCCGGGACCUGGUGACGGUGCUGGAGAGGCGAGGGAUUACCUCCGGGUGCUCCAGCGACGCCUGCAGCAGCCAGCCGUGCCGCAGCCCGCUGCGUUGCAUCGACCUGUGGAGGAAACACCAGUGCAGGUGUCCCGGCAGUCAGGUGACGGUGACUGACGACUCAGGUCAGCAGCGUUGUGUGCCGUCGCCCUGUGGAUCUACUUCCUGCCGUAACGGCGGCGUCUGCCAGGCGCUGUCGCCUGACAGCUACCGGUGCCGGUGCCAAGAGGGGUUCAGGGGUCAGCGCUGUGAGCUGGGUCAGGUCAAAGGUCACCGGCUGGCCGCCCUCAGCCCCAGCUCCAUCCUGGCCAUCAGCAUGUGUCUGCUCGUCUUCUUCGCGGUGCUGGUGGCGGUGACGGUGUGGAACCAGAAAGGCAGCCGUAACAAGUUCAGGAAGCGAGGAGUUUACCACAUCCCCGCUGAACACGAGAGCUGGGAGGACAUCAGAGAGAACAUCCUGAACUACAACGAGGAGGGAGGGGGGGAGCAGGACCAGAACGGAUACGACAUCACAGAGUUGAAGCGUCCACUGUGCUCCAGUUUGUCUCAGUCCUCGUCCUGCACCACCGCCCCGCUCAUCAAGUCCUCCCCCGGCUCCCAGGAGGAGGUUCACCCGUCCGGCUCCUCCUGCAGCUCCGGCGCUCCCUACCUCAGCAUCCCUCAUCACCACCACCACCACCACCAUCAGCACGCCACCACCAACAGCUACACCAGCGACACCACCUACGCCAACUACACUGCUCACGUGGGCAGGGACGUGGAGACGAGCGAUGGCGCCGGCUACGCGGAUGCCCCGUCGGGCUCGCGCUCUAACGUGGACUUUAAGAGCUACGUGUCGCGAAUAAUCUGGGAGGCGGACAACGACUGCGAGGCGUUCCCGCCCGACUCGUACCACGUCUGGUGUGUGGAAGGCUCGGGGUCGUCGGCGGGAAGCCUCAGCUCUCUGGGGUCGGCCGCAUCACGUAGAAACAUUACCACCGCGCCCGGCGACGACGAUGAGGAGGAGGAGGAUGACGAAGGAGGGUUCGUUUACGACAGGCUGUCGCGGUGGGGCCCCAAGUUCCAGGCUCUGAGCGAGAUGUACGACCGGCCCCAGUUGGCCCUCACGUACAGGGACGCAGUGGCGUACAUACAGAGGAGCCACAGCCACGACCUCCUGCCGCACCACCACUAGGGGGCGCCGAGACACACAGUUAGUAUAGACUGGGAGGAAGCCGGUGCUGCG